GUGAUUGACCCCCCUAUCUGUGUUGAGCAUCAUGCACUUGAAAGAGCUUUGUGGCUGCAAUGGUCUGGUCUGUGGUGGAGCUAACUAGCAUCAGGCCUAGUCUGCACAGUAGGGUUGAAGGGGCACAACCCCCCUAGGGGGGAGGCAGUGAAGUGUAAAGGUGCUUUGGAAUGGCCCAGCUGCGGCUGAAGGGGAAUAUGCCACAGGGCUGUAAGCGCCCUGACUGUUGUGAUUACCAGCCAUUACCCCGCACCGCUGCGGGAACAGCUGUCGCGCUGCACAGCCUGUGCCUCAGGGCAGGAGCAGGAGCAGGAGCGGAGCCUGCAGUGCCAAGCCGCUUGCACGCGCCCCGGCCCGUCUGCCGGCCGGGCAGGUCGCUGCUGCUGACCCCUCCUCGUGUGGCCCGCGCCCCCCCCCCCCCGCGGCUGGGCUGCAGGGUCACCGGAUUGGCCGCGCCUCCCGCCCGCUGGGCUUGGCUCUGAAUCCCGCUCCGUGGCCGCUGCACUCCAGGCGUCCGCGUCUUGGCAGAGCCCAGCCCGUCUCUCCGCUGCCCUGUGCGGGGAGGCAGAGACGCCCGGCAGUCGGCGAGCACGGCCCGGCGGAGGAGCCCGCUGCAGCAGCCCCCCCGCCCCCCCCCGCACACAGCUCGAGGGAGGGGGACCCCCGCCCCCAGCCUCUCCGUGCGCCAGAGGGCCCGUCCCCAUCCAUCCCCCGGCUGCCGCGCCUCCAGCUCGCCGCGCUACCAGGUCAAGUUUGGAUGCCUUUUGAGUUCAUCUCCUCCUUUCCAGAAGAUAAAUUGUGAAAUUGAAUAAUGUGGACAAUCUUUCCCCUCUCUUUUUGUAUGUGACUUUGAGAAAAGAUUGGUAUGGUCUCAACAGCACAAGAUCAUCUCUAGAAAUUAGCUGCAACUAUGAGUUCAGAGGAGAAGGGUGUAUCUCCUGCUCACAAAACAUCCACUCCAUCACAUAAAAGUGCCUCCUCUUCAUUGUCAUCUCAGAGGGACAGUAAGCAGAGUGCUCAUGUAUUAGAGCGAAAUAUUUCUUUUGGAAGUGCAGACCCAUCUGUAAGCAAGCAGUUGCUCGAAACUGAGUCUGUCUCUCUGUCUAAGGAACCUGACAGCUGGGAAAUCAUAGAGGGGCUGAAAAUAGGCCAGACUAAUGUCCAGAAACCAGACAAACAUGAAGGUUUCAUAAUGAAGAAAAGAAAAUGGCCUUUAAAAGGCUGGCACAAGCGCUUUUUUGUCCUGGAUAAUGGAAUGUUGAAGUAUUCAAAGUCACCAAUUGAUAUUCAGAAAGGCAAAGUACAUGGAAGCAUUGAUGUUGGCUUAUCAGUUAUGUCAAUUAAAAAGAAAGCUCGUAGAAUAGACCUUGAUACAGAAGAGCAUAUCUACCACCUGAAAGUGAAGUCCCAGGAUUCAUUUGAUGCAUGGGUAUCAAAACUGCGCCACCACAGAUUGUACCGUCAGAAUGAGAUUGUAAGAUCACCAAGGGAUGCCAGCUUUCACAUAUUCCCAUCAGCCUCUACUACAGAGUCUUCACCAGCUGCUAAUGUUGCUGUGUUAGAUGGAAAGGUUCCACAAAAUAGCUUCCCAUGGCAACCCCCCAUACCAUGUAGUAAUAGCCUUCCUGCAACAUAUACUACUGGCCAAAGUAAAGUAGUAGCAUGGUUGCAGGAUUCUGAGGAGAUGGACAGAUGUGCAGAAGAUCUUGCACACUGCCAAUCAAACCUUGUGGAACUUAGUAAGCUUCUUCAAAAUUUAGAAAUUCUACAGAGGACUCAAUCAGCACCGAACUUCACAGACAUGCAGGCUAACUGUGUAGAUAUUUCAAAGAAAGACAAGCGGGUCACAAGACGAUGGAGAACAAAAAGUGUCAGCAAAGAUGCAAAAAUACAACUUCAGGAAGGGCCAGCGCUGAAGGGCCAGUUCAGCACAACACGACGCCGGCAGAGACUAGCAGCAGCUGUGGCUACAACAGUCCCUUUCAGUGCUACAAUGUCACCGGUUCGCCUGCACUCAUCCAACCCCAAUCUUUGUGUAGACAUCGAAUUUCAGACUCCCCCAAGCCAGGUAGCUGAUCCCUUGGAAUGCUCCAUGGAGUACAUCAAACUUCAAGAAGAGUUUUGCCUCAUGGCACAGAAAGUUCAUUCUCUUUUGAAGUCUGCCUUUAACAGCAUAGCUAUUGAGAAGGAGAAGCUUAAGCAGAUGGUUUCAGAACAGGACGUUACAGGCCACAAUUCACAAAUAACACGCCUCAGACAAUCACUUUCUCAGGCUCUCAACCAGAAUGCUGAACUAAGGAGUCGCUUGAACAGAAUACAUUCUGAGUCUGUUAUUUGUGAUCAGGUUGUCAGUGUAAAUAUUAUCCCUAGUCCCGAUGAGACUGGUGAACAAAUCCAUGUCAAUCUCCCAUUGUCUCAGCAAGUUUCUAAUGAGAGCAGGCUCUCUAUGUCCGAAUCUGUCUCUGAAUUCUUUGAUGCACAGGAAGUGCUUUUGUCGGCAAGCUCAUCAGAAAAUGAGGCUUCUGAUGAUGAAUCCUAUAUCAGUGAUGUGAGUGAUAACAUAUCUGAGGACAACACCAGUGUUGCAGACAACGUUUUCCGACAAAUUCUUAAUGGUGAGCUAGCAGGAGGUGCAUUCCGGAAUGGACGUCGGACUUGUCUCCCAGCUCCCUGUCCUGAUACCAGUAAUAUCAAUCUGUGGAAUAUUUUGAGAAAUAAUAUUGGCAAAGAUCUCUCCAAAGUCUCCAUGCCAGUUGAGCUAAAUGAACCUCUUAAUACUUUACAACACCUUUGUGAAGAACUGGAAUACAGUGAACUCCUGGACAAAGCUGCUGAAACUGAUGAUCCGUACGAACGCAUGGUUCUCAUAGCUGCCUUUGCAGCUUCAGGGUAUGCCUCCACUUACUACAGAGCAGGAAGCAAGCCAUUCAAUCCAGUGCUUGGUGAGACUUAUGAAUGUAUUAGGGAAGACAAAGGGUUCCGAUUUUUCUCAGAGCAGGUUAGCCACCAUCCACCCAUUUCUGCCUGUCACUGUGAAUCAAAGAAUUUUGUGUUUUGGCAAGAUAUCAGAUGGAAAAAUAAGUUCUGGGGGAAAUCAAUGGAAAUCCUGCCAAUUGGAACACUGAAUGUGACUUUUCCAAAGUAUGGUGAUUACUACGUGUGGAACAAAGUCACCACCUGCAUACACAACAUCCUUAGUGGAAGGAGAUGGAUAGAGCAUUAUGGAGAAAUAACGAUCAGAAACACAAAAAGCAGUGUUUGUAUUUGUAAGCUCACAUUUGUCAAGGUGAAUUAUUGGAAUUCAAAUGUAAAUGAAGUCCAAGGGGUUGUCAUGGACCAAGAAGGAAAGGUGGUCCAUCGCCUCUUUGGAAAGUGGCAUGAAGGGCUAUACUGUGGGGUUGCACCUUCAGCAAAAUGUAUAUGGAGGCCAGGCUCCAUGCCAACCCACUCUGAACGUUAUUAUGGCUUUACAAGGUUUGCUAUUGAACUCAAUGAGUUAGAUCCUGUAUUGAAAGAUAUUCUUCCAACAACAGAUGCACGAUUCAGGCCAGAUCAGAGACUUUUGGAAGAAGGAAAUGUAGAAGCAGCAGCCACAGAAAAGCAAAGAAUAGAGGAACUCCAGAGAAGUCGAAGGCGAAACAUGGAGGAGAACAACAUUGAAUACAAACCAAAAUUUUUUAAAAAAGUUAUCGAUGCCAAUCAAAGAGAGAGCUGGGUUUCUAAUGACACCUAUUGGGAGCUGCGAAAGGAUCCUGGCUUUAGUAAAGUAGAAACCCCCAUACUCUGGUAAACUGAGAAUGUAGAUCUAGCAAACAUAUCACUCUCUGAAGAAAAAAUUAAUAACUAUGCACAAUAUGUUUCUUAUAGCUAAGUGUGGUUUGUGGGUCUACAGAAAACCUACCAUUCGCUUUUAUAUUCAUCUUUAUAAUGGACUUUCGAAAGUGCAUUAGACCAGGUCCUUGACCACUUUUGGAUCCUUUUUAUUUUGCAGCAGCCAUUUAAAAAUAACCUUUAAAGUUUCAUGUAUUAAAAAUGCAAAGCAAAGGAAGCAGAUUCGUUAUCCAAAGUUGCUCGGAAGAGGUUGUAAUACACAAAACUGCAACUGGUGCUUAAAACAGACAUUGAGAGUAACAACAAACAAAAUGAAAGAAAAAACAUUUUGUUUUAACUUAUUUUGUUAAAAACUCUUGUGUUACAACAGUCUAUCAUUUCCGGCUUGAGGCUAGUCCUUUAGUGUGAUGUGCUUGGACUGGCCUUGUCAAAAAGACAUAAUGCUUUUCUGGAAGCUGUUCCCAUUCAUAUGCCAUUGUUCAUGCCUUAAGCAAAACAUGAAGAUAUCCAAUAAGUCAUUUUAAAAUAUGUAUUCUUAG